UGAAAGACGUAUUGCUGUCGUUACAGCUAAACGCAAGUUGUGGCAGGACGGUGUCUACGGGAAGGCACUUAUUUUAACUUCAGUUUAACGUUAAAUAAAACAGUGAGUAAAAGACAGUUACUCCCCGAGCUGCACGAGAUGAAGUUUGUCUCGUGAACGGUUGAUGUGGUUCAAUGUGUCAGUUUAGUUAGUGUGGUGAGUGACGUGGGUCGACAUGAAGCCGCCUCCCCGUAAACGAACUAAACCAACUCGAAACCUGAGUUAUGAACCUUUACCGCCUUCACGUGGAAAGUCCUCUCAGUGGCAGCAGGUGGAACAGAAGAAUCUCCUGAAAGCCCUGAAAAGACUCGGCAAGACAACAUCAGCCCAGGGGGACAUCGACUAUGAUUUCCUGAAAAAACACGUGCCUACUCGGUCCAUUUCUGAGAUCCAGUCUGUGGUGGAAUAUCUGAAGGGUGAAGUGAUCUCACUGGCGAGCAUCAAGCUGCUCAAGAAGAGAUGGGAGGAGAAGAAGGACAGAAAGCCCAUUGAGGAGUGGACAUACAUGGCCUCUGCUAUGGCUGGAACCCUCGAAGAACCAAUUUCUACUGCUUUCUCUCAGAUGCUGAUAGUGUCGUCCACAGAGCCUCGCACCCUGAGGAAUUGCGACCCUCCCCAGGUCUACAGACCACCCACAGAUGAAGACAGGCCUGUUGGUCGCACCAUCACUUUCAGACCAAUGCCUCGUUUACCGGUCAAGGCUGAGCAUCCUGGCACCAACACAGCCCCUCCUGGCACAGUACUCAAAACUCCAGCACCAGCCAUUGGCCCAGUCAGAAGUAAAUUAGUAAUUAGAGUGCCCAGCGGCAAAAUGCCUCCACCCCAGCAAAAGCCAUCUACCACAGCUGGAGCCAUCUCCACCUCUCAGUCUGCUGCCCUCUCCACCUCUCAGUCUGCAACCACCUCCACCUCUCAGCCUGCUGCCCUCUCCACCUCUCAGUCUGCAACCACCUCCACCUCUCAGUCUGCUGCCACCUCCACCACCUUUACCUCUCAGUCUGCUGCCACCUCCUGCCAACGGGGUGCAGCAGAAAUGCUCAUCGCACCUUCUACAUCCUCACAGACUUCUGGCUCUGCUGCUGUGCAAAAGACUGACAGCAUUGGCAGCUCUCUAAACCAGACUACCCAGCAGCCCUCAGAGCAACACCUCACCACCCUCUCCACCACCUCAGCUUCAAAUUCCACUUCAUCUGGUCCUCACACGCUCCCCACCUCCUCUGCCACCUUUCAAACUCCAGUCCCUAGUACUGCAGCAUCCUCUGGUGCCCCCUCCACUCACCCCACACCCACACUCUCCACCUCUGCCGCAGCAUUUCAUGCCAAGUUUGGUCGCACCAGCAAAUACGCCACAGAAGACAGUCCCAGGAUGUUUGGCGUCAAGAGUGUAGUAGACUUUGAGAGGAUCUAUCGCUACCUGAGUGCCAUCCACAAGCCGAAUGAGGACUGCCAUCUUACCCCCAUGGAGAGUGCUAUAGUGUUGGACCUGUUAAUGUCUCUCCCAGAGGAGCUCUCCCUGCUGGACUGCAACAAACUGCACAAGCAUCUCAUAAAGGUGUACCGAUUUGCCUCAUCCACUGCUGACUCCAAGAUGGCAGACAAAAUGCUUAAAGACCUUAAGAAUGAACUCUGUGCUCACACAGACGCACCGAGCAGUCAAAGCAGCAAUGGAACAAACGUUGGGCAGAACUCUGCUGCAACUGCUGACAGUGGAGGGAAGAAACAGCAGCCAGAUGAAGCUGAGAACCAGUCAGCAGGGAGCAGUAACGCACUCAGCCACCCCCCCCUCAACCCUUUUAUGGUGCCACUGAAACUGCUGAUGCGCAAAUAGGUCCACUUCGAAGAGUAUCAAACUAAAGUGUAAUGGUUUAUAUAGAAUGCUUUAGUUAUGUCUAUGUUCUAUAAUAAUAUAUUAUUUUUAUACUCAUUCCAGAGUUGAGCCCCAGAUUAUUUGCUAAUUGUUUGUCUCAGAGGUUACUGGGCUGGAUGUAGAACUUGUGUACCCCCCAGAAGCUCCAGAGUUGAAUAUCUGCUCAGAUUCAGUCUUGUUUUCUUAUUCUCUGAUCAGAUAGUUUCUCAUUUAAAUUGUUUUGUCAGUUUCAGACUUUUUAGUUUUAUUGUUCAGUUUCAAAGACAGCAUUAAACACUGAUUAAACUCUAGAAACCAAUGGCUCUAUAUGAAUGCAGAUUCUUUAGCCAAGAGGACAAGAUUUUGAUAUCAGAAGCGUUCUGGUCUCAGUUUGUAGUCUGAGUGCUAUUGACCAAUCAUGUUUGAGUGGGCUAUGGUCGCCUGCAGGUAAACAAAACCUGCUUUGUUUCGGUGUGCUAGUGCACUGCUUAACAUGUAAGGACAGAGUCGGGGACUUAAAUUAGGUCAGUUUUUGACUGCCCGCAUGCCUUAAGGUGAAAAUCUCUUAGAGUGUGUCUCAAAUUGCAUACUUAGUUGCAUACUUGGUUAGUACACUUCAAUGUAGUACACUGUGUACACUACGUACUUCUUGUGUGGUGCACUAAUUUCAGCAAAGUAGUGUUGUCUCUAAUCGCGCACUGACUGCCCUUAGCACAUUAGCUAGCAAACUAAUGUUAGCACUUUAUUAUUGUUCGUGAUACCAAAUCAUUACAGACCCAACAAACAUUACUGACAGCUUCUGUGCAACAACAUUGGUACUUAGUGCAAAAACCCUUUUAACUAACAGGCUCCUUGUUGUCCCCAGCCUCAUUUCAAAAGCUUCCACUACGUCACAAAGACGUUUGGACCGUUUUGAGUGCCCCAGAAGUACACAGCAUUUUCCAGAACCAUGCAGUGUGAUCGCAGAUGCACUUGUGCACUGAAAAUAUCAAGUGUUGAAUACAGAAUUAUGUGAUUUGAGACACACUGCUAGAGUAGCGUUAUGAUAACUGUACUUGGCCUAUAUGAUGAUGUGUCAAGCUAGGACUGUUCAUUAGCCUGCAUUGGUUGAGUUGUUUUGAUUUAGCGAACGCUAGCUAGUCGCGCAGCUGCUAUAAAAUCUCCACACAUGCAGUUAACUCACUAUCUCUGCUUUAAGCAGUAAGAGUUGGGGACAAGCAAGGAUUGUAAAUAGAAUACCCCCAGAUAAGGGUGCUCCGAUUGAUUGGCCAUCUGUGGUUAUUGGUAGAUACUCAUUCUCAAUGGUUUGAAGGCUAAUCAGUAGAACUGAUCAAUAACUCUCUCUGAUGAUGCUACAUUAUGAACAACAAAUCAGCGUUGACAUCAGCAGGAGAGCUAGUGAACUGCUGUAAGCAGCUGUCUGAUGGAGGUUGCAUCAAGUUAUGUUAUGAUGCAUUCAAGCUCUAUUCAGUGAAAAUGAGUAUUUAGUAAAGGUAAAUUGGAACAUUUUUAUGAUGUGUUCGAAUUCAAUCUUGAAAAAUGUAGCUUUGGGUGACAAACUUGAAUAAAUGCAGCUGUUUGAGGGAGAAAAUUGUUGAUGUUUUGACAGCAAUAUAAAAUACACACUGAUGUGUAUGAAUGAAUUGCGCUCAUUCAGAGGUAGUGUAAUGAAGGGCAGUUCUUCAGUGUUUAUUUUUUUUGUUUUUUGUUGUUGUUUUUAUUUUUUUGUAAUGACUUCUUGUCCUGGCACAAAAGAGGGAAUAAAUAACAACAACAAAAAACAUCUAUUGGCAUCAGCCCAGAAUUUCUCAGUCCCUAACAUAAAUGAAAAAACUUAGACAAUGAAAUAAACGGACCUACGUCAGUAGGUGUUCUAACAGCAGUUAGAACAGUUCACAUUGUCGUCACCUUUUUCUCCCCGGAUAAGUGUGCACCCCUGUAACUUUAAGUUGAUAAACCAAACAACAUCAGCCUACAGGACAAAGCCAUGGUAGCUUUCCUAGUUGACAAAUAAUUGCCUGCAUGGACAGUGAUGCUCACCAUAUGAUUUUAUAUAUGUCUGAGGGAGGGCGCACUCACACCAGGAUAGUCCAGGGGACUCGGUUCUAUUGGAUGGGGAAUGCUGAAAAAUUUCACACUUUAAUUUGGUUCAGUUCACUUUCACACUGCACUUUCUAAAGUGGACCACACGUUGGACAACAUCACGCAGUUACAACAGCUGCUCCUUUGGGGUGGUAUUGCCCGAAACGACCACUAACCAGGAAGGGGAAAAAAAGCAUGAGUAAGAAGAAAACCCAGCUCAUCGAUUGGCCAGGACCGAAAACGGAAAUCCAUCCCCUUUAAAAACCUCAUUGUUCUUGUGGGUAACCACAAGAAACUGCAAUAUAUAGUCCUCUGACCAUAUAUCAAUAAGCGCCUGCACCUCCUCACUACUCCACGUCUGCCCACAAGACAUUUUCCAGCUUUUUCUUUUUUUAACUUCUACUUCUCCCUGUUCGCGCUGUUGGCUUUGUUUGUUGCGUUCUACGUCACUUCCUUUCUUUUGUUCACUUCCUCUCUUUGGUUCGCUGGAUAGUCCAUUUGCAUUUCCCAUUGUAAGAGAGCCGCACCAGGGUUCACUUGCAAGUGAACCGAGACCCCCAGUUUUCAAGCGGACCAUGGGUUUGCUCGUUUGGUCCACACCAGAGUUCUAAUGAGCGUUCACAUGACUCCAAAUGAACCGAACUAUCCAUGGAAGCGGACCAGGGUUCGUUUAAAGGGGACUAAACAGUGCCAGUGUGAAAGUGUCCUUAAUGACAUUUUUCAGUUCUUUGUCUCAUCAAUCUCCCUUGCUUUGUGUGUGUUUGUAUGAGCCAUGGGGUCGUGGUGACAUAAAUGCUGUUGAAAUUUAGCAGCGCAUCCAGCAUUUCUGCCGACUAUGAUAACUACAGUAACUGUGCAGACUCUACCAACUUGGCACACCACAGGCAUACAUUGGUGUGGUAAUGGUGUGGACCCAGUCCAUGUGUAGAGCAAAGUAGGGAGAACGCAUCAGCGUUUAUAUGUAGGUAUCUGUUUAGAGAUUAUUGUCUCUCAACUACAACUGCAUCCCUGUGUCUCAAGUUGCUAAUCGGACGGUGGAGAGUGAUCGUCACAUGGAACAGAAGGAAGUCUUGGCCCUGAUAUCCGCUGGCUACACCGGAAACCCCAGAAAUAUUGGCUAUGGGCCCCCAGAGGCUAAAUCAUCAUCAGACCAAUAGCUGAUGGUCUCUGAGAUUAAACACUGAUUCAUUGAGAAGUUUGUCUUACUUUGUUAAACGAAAGAAGAGGGUUUCAUAAAACUGUUAUUUUCAUUAUUGAUUCAUCUGCAGAUUGUUUUCCUUAUUAACUGUUUGGAUUAGAAAAUGUCAGAAAAAAAGUGAAAAAUGCUCAUCGUGAUUUCUAAGCCAACAAUCCAAAAAAUCUUUAGGG